AUGUCUGCCCCUUCAACGAUCUUGCCUUCGAGGAUUCCAGCGUCCAAGGGCCAUUUCCCCAUCUCCAUCGGUAUCAGGGCGUCAUCUCCGCCCCCGCCCCAUAUCGAAACGGCGCCCUCACCUCUUCCACGGCCCCCUCGCGAGAGUCCGGCAUCUGUUGGGGUAGCCCUCCUGGGUGUUCGACGUCUACCCUAUAGGCUCGUCAGCAUCACCCGCUACAGAAGACGAUUUGCAAAUAUCCUCAGUGCCUACCCUAUCACCCCCGAGAACCCGAGGCUUCAGCGACGGUCUCUUGAAGUACGAUUUGAGCAAGCCGCACAGGGUCCUGGGGCUGUUCUGCGGCACCGACAAGCAUGCAAGCAGUCUGCUAGUGCGAAUCUUCGCAAAGCCAGUAGAUGCCGGUACCCAUAA